CCAAUCAUUGGAAAUGAUGACUUUGACUUAUAAUGAUAAAGUUUGUGUUUGAUUAACCCAAUUCGAUAUCCGCAUCUCGUGUAAAACAUAACCUUUUUGUGAACGGUCCGCGUCCGUGGUAUAUGGUGACAAUAAUUUUCAGUGUUAUUGCAAAAUGUCCCGGACAUUUGUUCUUAUCUUUUUGUUUAUUUUGGGCGUUUGUUACGGUAAUCCUGAUGCGAAACGCCUUUACGACGAUUUACUGAGCAACUAUAAUAGACUGAUUCGGCCGGUUGAUAAAAACAAUAAUACGGUGUUGGUGAAACUUGGCUUGCGGCUGUCACAACUGAUUGAUUUGAAUCUCAAAGAUCAGAUUCUAACAACGAACGUGUGGCUGGAGCACGAAUGGGAAGACCAUAAGUUCAAAUGGGAUCCCCUGGAAUACGGUGGAGUAAAGGAACUAUACGUACCAUCAGAACACAUCUGGCUACCUGACAUUGUGCUGUAUAACAAUGCUGACGGUGAGUACGUAGUGACAACGAUGACGAAAGCAGUGCUGCAUCACACUGGGAAGGUUCUGUGGACUCCUCCGGCCAUCUUCAAGUCUUCAUGUGAGAUAGACGUGCGAUAUUUUCCGUUUGAUCAGCAAACUUGCUUCUUGAAGUUUGGAUCUUGGAGUUAUGAUGGUGAUCAGAUUGACUUGAAGCACAUUAAUCAGAAGAAGGGUGAUAUGGUGGAUGUGGGCAUAGACCUUCGCGAGUACUAUCCCUCAGUGGAAUGGGAUAUUCUUGGAGUACCAGCGGAGAGACAUGAGCGGUAUUACCCUUGCUGCCAAGAGCCGUAUCCUGAUAUUUUCUUCAACAUCACGCUUCGAAGGAAAACCCUAUUUUACACAGUAAAUUUAAUUGUGCCCUGUGUUGGCAUAUCAUACCUGUCAGUCUUAGUCUUCUACCUUCCAGCAGAUUCAGGGGAGAAAAUUGCCCUCAGCAUUUCUAUAUUACUAUCGCAAACUAUGUUCUUCUUGCUGAUUUCGGAAAUCAUCCCUUCAACGUCACUUGCCUUACCAUUGCUAGGAAAGUACCUACUAUUCACUAUGUUACUGGUAGGACUAUCGGUAGUGAUCACUAUAAUAAUACUAAACGUUCACUACCGUAAGCCGAGUACACAUAAAAUGGCUCCUUGGGUACGGAAAUUCUUUAUAACGAAACUACCAAAGCUACUACUGAUGCGAGUACCAAAGGAUCUGUUGAGAGAUCUAGCUGCUCAGAAAAUUGCUGGAAGGAGUAUGAAGAAUAAGAAUAAGUUUAAGGAUGCUUUGGCUGCUGCUGAACAGACGAAUUCUAAUGCUUCAAGUCCUGAUUCUCUGCGUCAUCAUCUGCCUGGUGGAUGUAAUGGAUUGCAUUCGACUACUGCAACUAACAGGUUCAGCGGACUCGUCGGAGCUUUGGGCAGCCUUGGUGCUGGUUACAACGGUCUACCAUCAGUAAUGUCAGGACUAGAUGACUCUCUUAGUGACGUGGCUCCGCGCAAGAAGUAUCCCUUUGAACUGGAGAAGGCUAUCCAUAACGUGAUGUUUAUUCAACACCACAUGCAGAGGCAGGAUGAGUUUAAUGCUGAAGACCAAGACUGGGGUUUCGUGGCCAUGGUACUUGAUCGUCUCUUCCUCUGGAUUUUCACCAUCGCCUCCAUCGUCGGUACAUUUGCCAUUCUUUGCGAAGCUCCAUCACUGUACGAUGACACCAAGCCUAUUGACAUGAUGCUGUCUUCAGUAGCCCAGCAGCAAUUCUUACCAGUUGACAGUGGGGACCCAUAGGUAUUCGUGAAACCAGAUGAAAAUUUCAACUGGUAAAGGGUAUCCUUGGAGAUUUGAAAAUUUUGAAGGGCGUGAUGAUUUUGAAGGGCUCAGGUAAUGAGGGUUAAAAUCAAUGGCUAGCAAUGUGAAUCAACGGUUGUUUUAUGCGAUUUCAAAAAUAUUGUUGGUAAUUUAGAAUUUUGCAUAACUAUCUACCUACUUUCUUAUUCGGCGCUAAAACUUUUGAUGCUAAAUACUUUCCGAAAGAUUUACCGAUUUUUAUUUAUAAUGCUUUAGACUAGUCCUGGGAGUUUGCCAAAUAAAAAAGAAAAUAGAGUUUCCAGUUCAUAUCAAAACCACCAAGAACGUGUAACAUUUUGAAAUAUGUUCUGAAACUAAUUACCAAAACAGGUCUAUUGCUAAUUUCUGAAAUAUCUUAGUAAUUAAAUAAGACUUUUCUUCUAAUGUAUUCAUAAUCCUAAUUAGACGUUGUGAAGCCAAAAUAGGCUGUGAAUUGUAUCGUAACAUUAUAAUAUAAGUAGCUUAAGGUUUCAAGUAAAAAUUUAGUGUUUAAGUUGGAUGAAGCAGGAGGGUAAUAAAUUGUUCUUUGUUCAGUUUGAUACGGUACACUAAUAAAUUAUUGUCUUAUCUUAUUUUUCUCGCUUUAGAUAACGUUUUUUUUAAGGUCUCUAAGAAAUUGUAUCGGGGAUGCGAGAAAGUAUAGCGAUAGGUUCUGGCGAUUGGCUAUCCUGAAUAAUUCAACAGUGCCUAUUUUAUUUAUAGUUAUUUUUUUCCAAACAACGUAUUUUUGUGGAAUCUGUAACUACGCACAAUGAAGUAGAUAUUUUUUAUUUUACAAUCGCAAAUUAGUAUUUUUUUUAUGUUCCUAAAACGGGUUGUGUUAGGCACCCUUGAAGUGAUAUUUUAAAUGAUUAUUUCGACGUAGGUUUUCUUGCCAAAGAAGAUAGAUUGGGUGAAAUGUUACAUAAUGUUUUGGAAGUAUACAUUUUCUUUAACAAAACAUGGCUGUGUUAGUAAUAAUUAACUAUUGUAGUAAUGAGAUUCGUAAUGCUCAUCGUUUUUAGGGUUAGAAAUUAACGUUUGGGUAUCCAAGUUUUUUAUAAUAAAUUGUUAUAAUCAUGUCUUUUGAUUAAUAGUGUUUCAUUGUUUUAAACUUUUUUACAUGUUCUAUUUGCAAAUUGAAAAAACAUCUUAAGUUGAUGGUUCAUUUUUAAUACAAAUUGUAACUGCCGUUUUUUAUCUUUAUCAAUCAUUAAUAUUUGUACCGUUUGUAGGUAUUAAAAAAUGGUGUUAAUAACAUUAUUAUCAGGCUAAUAUUCUGUAACACACAUAAUCCAUAUCUUAUAAAAUGUAUUUAAAAGUGGUAACGAUUUUACUCAAUUAUUUCAACUGCACUUGCAUUAGUAGACUCAUUUUGAUAUUGCACAGUUCUUAAAAACAACAAUUUUACAUUUACUCAUCAGAAGUUCUAUAGAUACAAACUAAAUUUUUGUUGCCCUAUACGAUACUUAACUUUCUUUGUCUAGUUUUAGAUAAAUUAUGCUAAAUAAACCUUAAAAAAUAUCGAUUGUGAACAAAUCCUCCGAUAUAUUGACAAUUUAAACAUUAGUUUGUGUACGAAAAACAUUAAUCACUCAUCUCUCGAUAAUUUACACUAUGUGGUUAGGGUUCGAUUCCCAAAACUGUGUAAACCAGCCUUUUAAUAGAGCAAAGUAAACAAACAGCUAUUUUGUUAAUUAAAAACUUUAAUGACUUUCCUCUAUCAAGCAUUAAUUUAUUGUGCUUUAUCAAAUUGGGGCUAUCUGUGUAGCUAUAACGGUUUGCCAAAAUAAACAAAGUAGUCGAAUUAGUGUUAAGCUCAUGUAAGUUUAGUUUAACGGACUUUGUAGCUGUUAGAGUUAACUGAAGCCGUGUUUAUAAUGUAAACUUUGAC